CUUGCGCCUAGUCGGUAGCAUUGGGCUUCACUGCAAUUAAUUCGUCGCGCUGUCCCUUUCAACCCCUUAAUCCAUCUCGCAGCAUCCCGCCGUCCGCCCACUUGCUCAACUACCGCCCGUCGCCUCCGGGAAGCACAGAAACCAAAAAUCCAGUCCUUAUCGCCGGAAACUCUCAGAAAGCUCGGUAUCCCUUCUUACAGAGUCGACCGUCCUCCGUCGCCAAAAUGAGCGGGCUUGCGUCCAAGCAGCAGUCGCUGAAGAUCUUCGAGAAGUUGAAGACGAAGCCAGCAAACAAGAUCUGUUUCGAUUGUGGACAGAAGAACCCAACAUGGACAUCCGUACCUCUAGGCAUCUAUCUCUGCCUUGACUGUUCCUCCAACCAUCGAAACCUCGGUGUCCACAUCUCCUUUGUUCGAUCCACCAACCUCGACCAAUGGCAAUGGGACCAGCUCCGUGUCAUGAAGGUUGGCGGCAACGAGUCUGCCACCAAGUUCUUCCAGCAGAAUGGCGGGACCGCCGCCCUGAACAGCAAGGACCCCAAGACCAAGUACCAGUCCAACGCCGCAACCAAGUACAAGGAGGAGCUCAAGAAGCGGGCAGCUAGGGAUGCCCAAGAGUAUCCAGGCGAGGUUGUCAUUGAUGGCGAGGUCGAUGAUGGAACCUCCACUCCUGCUGGCGAGCCUGAUGACGACUUCUUUUCUUCCUGGGAUAAGCCGGCCAUCAAGAAGCCCACCCCUCCCGUCUCCCGAACUGGCACCCCGUCUGCCAUUGGUCGCACACCGUCACCUUUCCUCAAGGCUGGAGACUCCAACGGUGCUGGAAAGGAUAUCGCUCGCACCGCCUCGCCUCUUUCUCGAACCGACUCCACCGAAUCCAAGCCUGCCGCCAGCCGUAUAACACACUCCGCGGCACUGAAGAAAGGCACGACCGGCGCCAGGAAGACGAACGUGCUGGGCGCAAAGAAGGCGGGCUCCAAGCUCGGCGCGAAGAAGGUCACCACUGCCGACAUCGACUUCGACGAGGCCGAGAAGAAGGCUAGGGAGGAGGCAGAGCGCAUCGAGAAGCUGGGCUACAACCCCGAUGAGGAGGCUGCCGAGGCCAAGAAGGCUGGUGCGAACAAGAGCGACUCCGGCAACAUCGUCUCGCCCACCCCUGUCAGCCCGCCACGUGGAGGCUACGGUUCGGCGUCCCACACACGCGAGAAGUCCGCCUCGGAGAUGGAGCGACUAGGCAUGGGAAUGGGCCGUCUGGGUUUCGGACAAAUCGGGGGCCAGAAGGCUGCGGCACAGCCAAAGAAAGAAGCAGCCCGCGGUUUUGGGUCUGUUGGGCCUAUCAAGGCUUCCUCCUCCAACGAUGACGGCGAGAACUAUGCGCGAAGCAAGUUCGGAAACCAGAAGGGCAUCUCUUCCGACGAGUUCUUCGGCAAGGGUCAGUACGACCCCAACGCGCAGGCCGAGGCCAAGACCCGCCUGCAAGGCUUCGAGGGCGCCACCGCCAUCUCCUCCAACGCCUACUUCGGCCGACCCGAGGACGAGGACAACGGCGAGGACUACGGCGACCUGGAGAGCGCCGCCAAGGACUUUGUGCGGAAAUUCGGCAUCACCGCCGGCGACGACCUAGAGAACCUGACCCAGGUGCUGGGAGAGGGCGCCACCAAGCUGCAAGGCGCGAUCCGGAGCUACUUGGGCAACUGAGCAGCACGAAUGCGGAGCGAGGGUGUGUUUCGGAGACGGGACUGCGUGACGGUAGCGCGUGGGGCAGUCCGAGGGACGACAUAUUAUAAGGGAUGACGCACGCGAUUUGGUGAUGAUGAUCUCGUCCAUGGGUUGAACGGCGUUUGGAGGGGGCACACACACACACACACGAGGCGGACUCGGAGCCGCGCAGCAAGCGAUGUGAGGCUACGAGGGGAAAUAGAUUGGUUAUGUAAUAGAUGGGAUUGAUCAAAAGCAAACAAUUCUUUAAAAAUCUUGAACCGCUUUGGAGCAAGGAGUUCCAAGUGGCAUGUCAGGACCCCCCUCGUCGACAGCACCGAAUCCACAAUGUUUAACUUGGGGAUCAGCUCCUCGAUGGGUUCGAAGGAUCCAGUCGACUCCUCAAUAGCGGCUCACUGGAGGAAAAUGAGGCGUCGGGUCGAGGCUGCUCCAUCGCACGAGAAUGCCCACUCCCCCCCCCCCUCCCCCCGAAGCACGGCGGUUCGCAUGUUCCCUGGAGACUGUGGCCCCGCGAGCGUGCAGGAACGGCAGCACCUCAUCACAGGCGGCGCACUCAACGCCUCCCUGACGGACGAAACGAUCGGGUGUCAGCGCUGCCGUCUCAGUGCCUGCACUAGUCUCAGCGAGAAGGAGACUUGCCACGAGGACCGUUGUCCGGGCCCCCCUCCCUCAGCUUAACCAUACCAUACCAACGCAACAUCUAUGCCUCAUCAGCAACCUUUGCCCGAGCCUCGGUCUCGCUGCCGUGACCGCGAGGCACAGCGUGCUCAGUCAUGCGUUCUGGUUCCGGGGGACAUAAACAAAACCCCACCCACAAACGGGGAAUAUCGCCUCCCCGGCCCUCGCCCAGACCAGAGAUGCCCUACUCUGUCCGAACUGUCUGUAUCUGCCCUCCUUACUGGAGACUCAGGCCGGCCAAGAGAAGCACGGCUCUCGCCAACAGCUGUGCGUAACCCCAAGGUUCCGAGCGAGCGUCCGAAGUGGCCCUCCGCUCAUGCAGCCUCGGCCCGGAGACAAGGGGAUACUGGCCCAGUCCGCUCCGCAUGGCGAAAUGGAUGGUCAUUAAACGAUCAGCAAAGGGAAAGCAUGAACUGACGGAGCUCAUGGAGGUAUGUGUACUCGUACGGUUCGAGGGUGCAAAGCCAAAGGCCGAGAGAUGGGCUGGCUUCAUGCUUGACUACCUGCCUGCCUGCCAACAAUAACAGCCGGAAAGAAAAAUACUGUGCUUUCAUUUCAUGCCACAACUUGUUCAAAGAAGGAGUGGGUGUGUAUAGUCCAUAUUCGUUCACCAAGAAAUGUUGGGAGGGGUGGGUUGUGUUCACUGCCCUCCCAUGUGAAUCCAUCCUCUGGCCGGGACAAGAGAAAAGCAACAGCCAUGACACGCCGUUAAGAAGUAUAUCAUUUACAUCGCCCAUCUUGGCGUAAGUCACAGGGGAACGUCUGUCUUCGUUGACGCAUGUGAGCGCAGCUCUAGCCCUCAAAGUUACGUUGCCGUCCCAUCCACUUGGGCCCGGUCCAGGGAAGGUCGCGGGAGGGAGUGAGUGAGAGGAAGUGAGCAAGCUUUUGUGUGCGUGCGUGUGUGCUUGUUGAUGGGGCCUCCAAUGUCGUGUAUAUCCCAUGUAGAGGGACAUGGAUAGAUUGUACCUGCUUUACUUUCUGUAGUCUGUGGGGCGUAACCUUCUUGUUUCUCCCCCGGGCCCGAGGGGAAGGGCGGAGCUUGGAAAUGGACCUGUUCAUUCCGACGCGGUCACUCCGAGGUGCCCUCGCAUCUUUAUCGUGAGAUAUUCCCACACAUGCCAGUUUGCUGGACGUUUAAAGAUUCAUGCCUACCUGCGACGGUCCCUCGUCAUCAAAUUGAUAUGCACAGCCAGUAGCUGCCAUCUUCCCACCGCAGUGGUGAUAUUCAACAACACGUCACCGCAUCGCGAGACUGCCUGGCGCUCGACGGCCAACAGGAAUGAACACAGGCACAUGCAAGGCCUACACCCACGGCACCCACCAAAACCUUGUUCCUCGGAUUCCGUAAGCUCUCGCGUCAUCCCGCCAUGCUUCCCGACGUUACGCUUGACACUCAAGAGUACGCAGAGACCACUCACAUCCCGACCACUGGACCCGACAGCAGGUCUAAGUUUCCAGCCAAGCCGAACCCUCAGAACUCCUUACCUCAAUGCACACAGUCGCAUGUGAAAUCUUGCUCAGAUCCAGGGAUCGCCGACGGGGAAAAAGGGCCGUAUGCACCAGGGUGACCUGCGUGUCCACUCGUGAGCCGUAUUCCAGUUCUCGGGCUGGUCAGGAAGAGAGGUAGCGAGCUCCGGAUCGGGCGCCGAGUACAUAACCACGGGGGCUGCCUGGCCCCCGUUAUGCUCUCAUUGUCCCCCAGCAGACCGGUACAAGGAUGCACACACCAAGACAGCCUGUUUUAUACUGCUGUGACGACUGAUAGCCAUGCGCCGGUAGGUUCCAGACCUCCCUCUCCCCCACUAACCGCCGCAGUCAACUCUUGCAGAUCACCCGCUUGGAGACCCGGCAGUACGCAGCGAGAUGGUGGCUGUCUCAUCGAUCUGAUGUCUCGUAUACAUCUGGACCAACGUCCCUCGCACAGUGCCGGCGUGGCCAGGGAGGUUGCAUAGCAAAAUCUGGGGGACCAUCUGGCGCAAUGUGUCCCCCGCCAAUGCGGGGACGUCAGACCAUUCUCAGUCCCGAGAUCACCCCAGAGGCGUCUCUGCCUUGGACAUGAGAGGCUUCGCAGCAGGCGGGCUCCACAACUUUGCGGCGCCGACCGACAUUGCACGAGAGAUGUAUAUAUUAUAUAUCUCGGUACACAUCACAAGCGGGUCAAGAACACAGAACCGAUAUGAAGACACCAUUUGUGCCUUAUUAAGAAGAUGUUGCCAUGAGGUGUUCGGAGGCGCUGAAAAGGGCGAUCACAUGCUUGCGAAUCGGCCGAAUAUCAUCCUAGACUUUCGCUGAACCACGUUCAGUUUGGAGCGAGUGUGAAUAGGGGCCCGCCCUCCACCACCUGGAGGCGUCCGAUGCAGCCGAUCGAGGGACAAAUAGUGGCUGGGCGGAAGAACGGGAAAGCUUGCUUGCAUUAAGAUGCAAGCUGUAGCCAUCGAGGAGUCACUAAUACUGCAGCGGCGCAAAGGCUCCGGGUCCUUGGUCGAGGCCGGGUAGAUCCGCUGUCUAACCAUGCCACUAGGAGGGGAAAGUGGUGCCAGACUCCUCAGAUAUCAGAUGCUUCUGGUAACUUGCAGCGUCCACAUUGCGG